CGGCAUCAUCAGGUGGCGACUACUCGCGGCACCACACACAACAACAACAGCAGCAGCAGCAGCAGCAACCGCAACGCCGGCGGCUGGGGUCCUGGCCUCCAUCGGGCAUGUCGAGCACCGAGGAGCUGCGGCUAGGUGCCGCGAUGGACCUGAUUGCACGGGGCGUUCCAGCGUUCAAGGGUCACAAGAGGGCCAUCCCCCACGCCCAGCCGGCAGACGCGUACUUUGCGCUGUACACGACGGCGGCCGGCAAUCAUGGCGAGGACAGUGAUGCGGCAACGCUACACGACUCGAUGACCGCCCUGUCGACGCUGAAGAUUGUGACCACGACGGCUGGUGGUGGUGGUAGUGGGACAGGAGGAUCAGUCGGGAAUGGAGGCACCAGCGCAGAGAAGUCGAGCACCAGCACCACGAUCUAUCCCUGGGAGACUCUCGAGCAGCCUAGCAUGGCGUUCGCAUAUGGCAAGAGGCCAGGCACCAUCACGCUGAAUCACUGGGUCAGCAAGAGCAGCUCCUUUCCCUCGGGCAUACCUCUGCGUGAUCCCGGCAUGCCGCCGAGGGCCGUGGACCUGAUUGUCAUCCUCGACAGGCUAAAGGAACUCGAGCACGGGCUUGAGCGCGACGAGGAGCGAGACACCGAAGAGAACAUGUACCGCUUGUAUCGACGCUUUCUGAAAGACCCAGACGCCCGCACGACGAACCGGCCGCAGAAGAAGCCUGUCCCGACACAGAUCAUGGAUCUCGUCAUGGCGUUGAGCAGUACUGGCGUAGUCAGCAAUGCAUCACCACCCCCAUCACGGCACGGGCGCGGACGGGGGGAUGACAACAACGGGGACCCGGACCUCGAGCUUGGUAGGAUCAAUAGCAACGGCCGGUCCGCGCCCAGCAAGACCUGGGUCGACUUUACGAACCCGCGGAAUCAGGUCGUCACCAAGUUUAUCUACGACACUUCUCCCGAGAACUAUGACACAUGCACGAGGUUUUUCUAUCAGCUCCUGCUUGGUCUCGAGCUUGAGCUGCGGAUCAACAGCCCCCGCCACGAGGCGGGCGCAAAGGAGAGGCUGAUGGCCCAGAUCCCGCCGCGCAUCCAGUACGACAUGGCUCUCGCGAGGCGGUGGCGGGACAACAUUCGCAUCGAGCACUGGGGCCACUCGGCCGACGAGUUGAGGCUGCGGUGUAAGCUCAGGAAGAGGCAGGUCAAGAUGCUCCGCCGUUUCGCUCAGAUGAUGAAGUGGCCGAAUCUUGCAGACACGUUGGACGCGCUCAAGAAGAGCGACGAGGAAGGAACAACUGUUGGGAUCAGCUCGCAUGCCAUGGCAUUCUUCAGUGGCUUGAUCUUGCCCGGGCCUACCUUUCCCUUUCUGCUAAUGAACGCAUUGAUUGAUGUCGACCCGGACAAGGCAACUGAUGAACUGGCACUUCUGACACACGUCCAUCCGAAUUGCGGCUUUCAGUAUCGUAGCAGUUACACUUACUGGACUUCGACGUGCAUCGUGGGUAAAGUGCUCGCUCCUACCUGCCACGAGGUUGCAGGCUGGGUCGGCCCAGCGAAGCCCACCAGUGAUCUCGACCGGUCGCAGAUCGCCCGCAUCCGCACGAGGAGGCCGCGGGAUCGCAUGAACCCUCAAAACAUUGCCGCGAUGAGCGAAGACUCUGACCCACUGGGGCCUCCAGCCAAGAUCUAUCCUGUCGAGGAAUACGAGCUGCACACACCCGAUAUUGAGGAUGCCAUGGACACUGUCCGCGUAGAGUUGCUUGGCUUGACGCCUGUUGCUGAACGCAAAGGCUCUGGGCCAACUGUCUUCGACGCUUCCAUCCAGUUCGCGAUCGACGGGUCGUCCUGGCCGCUGCGCCUCAUGCAUGAUGUCUCGUUCAUCCAUGCCUGGCCAUGCUCUGACGGACCUCAUCCCCUGUACUUUGACUAUGUGUUCAAAAGCGUCAAGGCAGAUGAGGUUGUCGGCAUUCGUGACUGGGGCAGGCGUGACAGCGGCAUGGGCUUCAAUAGUGUGGACGGGAGUGCUCGCUCAACACCCGUGGCUGGGCCUCGACCGGCAGUCAAGAAGGUGCGGAUCCAGGAAGACGAGUCGGACCAGGUCUUGGUCAUCGAGGCCUUUGGAGUCCGCGACAAUGAGGUGCUUGCCCGUGCAUGGUGCGCACACUGGGGGCUCUGCGCGAUCGUGGCAGACCUGACGAAGACAUGCAUGGCGUGUGCCAUCCGCGAGGCAUAUGCAGCGAGCCUGACAGUUGUCAUUCUCGUCGAGGACCAACCUCACGGCACAGAGCGGUGAUAAGGGAAGAAAGCGUGCAGCUGUAAGCUGCCGAUCAUGACGACGAGGCGGGUCGUUUGUUGAGGGUCCGGGGAGCCCGCCGGUGGAGCAUGCGCGAGGAAGCGGCAUGUGGUGCUGCUGGUGUCUGGGAUUGAUCUGCUUCAUGUGACUUGGCUUGCGCUGCGUUAUCUGUUUUCGCCCUGCUGAAGAAGGCAAGUCCGUUUGGCGUCGCGACGAAGCUACUUUUUCCCGCCUUGGAUACCCAAACGAGUAUGGAAAUCUAGCAAGCCAUAGCUGUUUAAACGAUAAAACACAAUCUACCACUAUGCGUGUCCUCUUUGUGACCAGCUUCGGGUAACAACU